AUGCUAGUGACGGCCUACCUCGCCUUCGCCCUUCUGCUGGCUGCCUGCCUGGGGCUGGAGCUGUCAGGAUGCAGGGCCAAGCCUCUGAGCAGGGCCGCGUGCAACCCUUCCUUCCUUCGGUUCCAGCUCGAUUUCUACCAGGUCUAUUUCCUGGCUCUGGCCGCAGACUGGCUGCAGGCUCCUUACCUCUAUAAGCUCUACCAACAUUACCACUUCUUGGAGGGCCACAGAUUGUCCAUCCUCUAUGUCUGCGGCUUGGCCUCCACCGUCCUCUUUGGCCUCGUGGCCCCUCCCUGUGUGGACUGGAUGCGGCAGAAAGAAGGCUGUGUCCUCUUCUCCCUCACCUACUCCCUCUGCUGCAUGACAAGCUCUCCCAAGACUACUUCGUACUACUUGUGGGACCGGGCUUUAGGGGGGCCUCUCCACAGCCCUCUGCUCUUCUCCGCUUUUGAGUCAUGGUACAUCCACGAACAUGUCGCCCGCCACGAUUUCCCACCCGAGUGGAUCCCUGCCACUUUUGCCCGUGCUGCUUUUUGGAACCACGCACUGGCCAUAGCAGCCGGGGUGGCCGCCGAGGUUGUGGCCAGCUGGCUAGGGCUUGGACCUGUGGCUCCUUUUGUGGCCGCCAUCCCCCUCCUGGCUCUGGCUGGCAUCCUGGCCCUAUGUAACUGGGGAGAGAACUAUGACCGGCAGCGAGCGUUCUUGAGGACCUGUGGAGGGGGUCUUCGCUGCCUCCUAUCAGACCGACGGGUGCUACUGCUAGGUACCAUUCAAGCCCUGUUUGAAAGUGUUGUGUUCAUCUUUAUCUUCCUCUGGACACCUGUCCUAGAUCCCCAUGGAGCACCACUAGGCAUCGUCUUCUCCAGUUUUAUGUCAGCCAGCUUGCUAGGCUCUUCCCUAUACCGAAUAGCAACCUCCAAGAGGUACCACCUCCAACCCAUGCACUUGCUGUCCCUUGCCGUCCUCAUCGUCGUCUUUUCCCUCUUCAUGUUGACUUUCUCCACUAGUCCAGGCCAGGAGAGCCCAGUGGAGUCCUUUGUUGCCUUCCUGCUCAUAGAGCUGGCUUGUGGUUUGUACUUUCCCAGUAUGAGCUUUCUGCGAAGAAAAGUAAUCCCUGAGAUGGAACAGGCCGGAGUGCUUAACUGGUUCCGGGUCCCCUUGCACCUGCUAGCCUGCUUAGGGCUCCUUGUUCUCCAUGACAGUGAUCGAAAAACAGGUACUCGGAACAUGUUUAGCAUCUGCUCGGCAGUCAUGGUCAUGGCCCUGCUUGCUGUGGUGGGGCUCUUCACCGUUGUGAGGCAUGACGCUGAGUUGAGGGUGCCACCACCUGCUGGGGAGCCCUAUGCCCCCGAGCUCUGACCCCGAUCUAGGGACAGCCUGAACUCUUGGAUCCCACCCCCAGGGGGUGUACAUAUCUCCCUUUUGCCCCUGAAUUGUCAUCUCUUUGGCCACAUGAGUUGUAUUGGGACUACUUCCCCUGCCAAUGCUCAGGCAGGAGGAGUGGAGGGUUUAAAUGGACUUGAAAAUCAAGGUGCUGAAAAGGGCCCUGUGUUAUUUCCUCCACAAGACAAAAGAACCUAUUUAAAAUAAACUCUUUGAGCUGAA